GAAGGAAAAUUGGCUCGUGGGACACUUCACAGCUGGCCCAUUCCAUGCAAGGCGAAGUUUGACAUAUAUACCCCAUAUGAUCUUGCUGCCUGCCCACAAGUUCUUGUUAUCUGCUCCAAUAUUCACAGUCACCCUCUGCCUGCACCUGUCAAAACUCCCAAAGCCAUUCAAGUCAUUUUUCACAAGUUACUACUCACACUCAGCUGGAAACUCGCUGAUGCAACACCACGUCGGAUUCUACUCAACUCUGCAUUUAUACAAGCUUUAAGAGCCCAGCUUGACUGGAAGGAAACUCGAAAUCCCUCACUUUCAGACCUCCACCCAUCACUUGGGAACUCCAACCAUGCUCAGCGUCUCAUCAAUAGCUUGCAAUUUGAUGAAUUUCCAAGUGGAACAGGAUUUGAAGGUGCAAUACACUUAGCAACAAAACACGAUCUUUUACCUGUCAAUGAGUGCUAUAUUCGUUGUGCAGAGACACAUCAACUACCUACCCAAUCAGUAACAUUGACUUCAUCUCUUCAGUUGGUCAUUUGCAUGACACAGCGGAUGUUGUGGCAUCUGAUGCAAGCCAAACAGCUUUUGAUUGACACUUCAUUCAAAUGUGUACAUGGCUGGCAGGAAUUUGAACUUGAGUCUUGGGACAUUGCCCACAUGAAGUCCAUUAUUGGUGCUCGAGCAUUCACAACAUCUCAAUCAGCACAAGCACACUUCAUCCUCUUCCAACAAAUAUUCGAGAUUGCCAGUGCAGACACAGGUUGUACUGUCCAGUUUCACUACAUGCAUGGGGAAGGAAUUCAAACCAUCAUUGCUGAUGGACAUAAAGGCCAAGGUCUCGGUAAGUAUAUUUUCUUGCAUUCCGAGCCUGCCACUAUGACACAACCACUCUCCUUCGCAACCUGGAUCCAUAUGGCCACCUGCAGCCAAUUCUACUGUCUAUGCCUCGCCCACUAUAAAUGCAAUAUACAUAGUCUCCGCAGUCAGGUACUGAAGGACAUGGAAAUAGCCAUGUUGACCAUUGCAUCAGCGGAGCCUCAUCCCGACUUGCAGGGAACAUUAACAAAGAUCAAGAAAGGUGGAAAAAAGGCUGCAGCAUGGCUUAAAGAUAAAAUUGAAGGCACAAAGUUCACACUCCCAGCACUCUAUCAGCCCAACAGUCUUAUUCCACUUGAAAUCUGGAAGGCCUUGCCGACUACUACAAACAGCAAUGAGCAAGCACACAGGAAUGUCAACCGUGAUGGUGUGGGUCUUACACUAUUGGGAGGAAUCAUGCGAGGAUUUCACUAUGAU